AGAAAAUGUCUAUGUCUAACAUUGCAGCAAGAGUGGAAACUUGGCUUUCAUCCACAUGGCAUGUUAAAGUUCCUCUGACAUGGCUGGAAGCUUGUAUUAGUUGGAUCCAGGAAGAAAACAGUGGUGGUAACUUAAGUCAAGCCCAGAUCAACAGGCAGGUGUUUGAGCAAUGGCUUCUUACUGAUCUAAGGGAUCUGGAAUAUCCCAUUUUGCCUGACUGCAUCUUGGAUGCUCCCAAAGGAGAGUUGUCAGGUUUCUACUCCAUACAGGUUGAUUCCCUGGUUGAUGUCAGCCAGCCAGCAUAUUUUCAGCUGCAGAAACUCAGAGGGAAAAGCACUGUAAAUGAAGAAGUAACAGCCAGUACUCAGGCAUUCCAGAAGCCCUGGGAAGCAAAGCCUACUCGAAUGCUGAUGCUGCAGCUGACUGAUGGGAUCCAUCAAAUUCAGGGCAUGGAGUAUCAACCAGUGCCUGUCCUCUGCAGCAGUCUUCCACCUGGAACAAAAAUCACUAUACAGGGCAACGUUGCCUAUCGUCUGGGAGUCCUCCUGCUUAAACCAGAAAAUGUGAAACUGCUGGGGGGCGAAGUGGAGGCUCUCCUGGAGGAGUAUUGUCAGGAGAGGGUCCUCGCUAGAUUAACUGGAGAAACUGAAAACCCUAAUUCUGUUGAACAAGCUGCUCCUGGUGAAAUUGUUGCAAGGCCUGUGGAUGGAUUAGGGCAGAACCUAGGCCCCUCGGACGAAGAGCUUUUAGCUAGUCUUGAAGAAAAUGAUGAAUUCACUUUAAACAAUGAAGCGUAUUUAGAAAGUGGGUACUGCAGUAGAAGCACCAAUUUCAGUACAACUUUGGGUUCACUGAAUGCACACAAUGGAAAUUAUUUGGUACAGGGAUCUGGAAGUCCUUUGCCUCCUUCAGAUGAACAAGUGUCACCACCUGUAGAGUAUGUUGAUGGCUUUUUAAAUGACUUUCCUGUAGAAGAUGUCUUUCUUCUGGAAGAGGAGAUGCAAAGAGAGCUGGAAGAAGUGCCACCAGUGGUCACAAACAGAAACGUAGGUUUAAUUACUGAGAAACUUCCACAUACAUCAAGAAGCUCCUGCAAGUCAUCUUCAAAUGAAGCUUGUGAAAAAGUUGAUACGAAUGAAAGAGAUAAGCCUGUAGAAGCUGCCAGCAAGCAAAAGCCUUUCGGAAGAACAGUAUUGGAUGGAGAUGGAAGUAGUAUGAGUAGCUUUUCGCAGCACAAGGGUAUACAUCAGGUGUGCAGUUCUGCAGAUUUUUCUUUGGAAAAUCCUGGAGAAAGGCAGAAUAAUACAGAACGAGAUGACAGCAGAUGUAGACCCCAAGACACUUGUGACAGCAAGCUGUUAAGUGAUGAACCUAUAUUUUUCUCAAAAAUGGAUCCAGAAGCAGAUCAGCAGAAGCAUGAUUCACAGAGCUUGCUUUGCAGAGCAGAAGAGGCACAUUUAGAUUUAGAUUCUCCACCUUUCACAUAUAUUUCCCUUCUCCUUUCAAAAAAACCAAGAACUGUUACCAUUCUGAAACUUAAGUGUUUUAUUGUUACUCUCACUGGAAACCUCACAAGCAGCAAUGGAUGCUGGGGUAUAAAGGCAAAAAUAUCUGAUGGUUCAGGUUAUCUUGAAGUAGAUUUUGCUGAUGAUAUUCUAACGAGUUUGAUUGGCUUUUCAGUGCCUGAAAUGAACAGGCAGAAAAAGGAUCCAGCUUUACGUCUAAAGCUUAAGGACGGUUUAGAGAAAUGUCAAAAACAACUGAUAGAUCUCUGUUGUUUGAUGACUAUAGAGUUUAAUCCAUUUCAGUCUAAAGCCACCAUAUUAAUUCUCCAGGAUGUUGAUGCAAGGCAUCUAGAACAACUGAAAAAACGUUUGAAAAG